UUAAGAGAUUUGAUAAGUACAAUGUAAGGCUUUUGUAUGGCCGUUUUCCUGAGUGGGUGGUUGGGUCUGCAUUGGUCAGAGGUGGGGUUCCAAAGCAGGCUCGUUCUUAGAGCCUGUGAGCGGCAAAGGGGACCGCAAGCCUAACAGUGAGUGCUCCAGAGGAACAUGGAAUACGCGAGAGUCCUAAAGUCAGAGAGAAAGCUCUUUGUCUUCAAAGACUGGCUUGAAUGAGGCUCUGUUUUGCAAAGUGCCACUACUCGAAAUGUCCCCAAACAGAGGGACAGGAGCCAUCUACCUUGAAUUGCUAGCCCCCUUAGUGAGUGGGGUGGAUUCUCCUGGGGGUUCAGUUUAGAGAGGAGCCUGGUGCUGAUUGUCUGCCUGCGGGCCAGGGAUCCAGUGUAAAAUGCCCUUGCCCGUUUUUGUGUUUUAGAAUUUGAGAAAUGAAGAACAGGUUGCAAUAAUCCAAGCUGGAACUGUGCUUGCCCUGUGUGAAAAGUGGCUGAAGCAAAUAGAGGGGACGGAGGCGGCCCUGACCCAGAAGAUGCUGGACCUCGAGAAGGAAAAGGACCUGUUCAGCAGGCAGAAGGGCUACCUGGAGGAGGAGCUGGACUACAGGAAGCAAGCGCUUGACCAGGCUUACCUGGUAGGACCUGAAAAAAUCCAGGACCUGGAGGCCACACUGUACAAUGCGCUGCAGCAGGAGCCGGGCCUGCGGGCCAGCGAGGCUCUGAGCGCGGGCCAGCGCGAGGACCUGCAGGCGGCCGUGGAGAAGGUGCGUAGGCAGAUCCUGAGGCAGAGCCGUGAGUUCGACAGCCAGAUCCUGCGUGAACGCAUGGAGAUGCUGCAGCAGGCCCAGCAGAGGAUCCGGGACUUGGAGGGCAAGCUGGAGCUGCAGAAGAGGCACCUGAAGGAGCUGGAGGAAAAGCAUUCAUUCUGUGGCCUUGAUGACUGCAGGGAGCUGAGCGUUCGGGUUGGUAUCCGCUCCUUCCCCCGGUACAUCCAGGGCUUCCUAGCCCAGCGGGGCCCCUCCCAGCUCUGGCCGAGCCUUCCUCAAGGGACCAGGGCCUGGGAAUGUGGCUGGGGCUGGGUUCCUCGGCUCCUGGCUCCUUGGUCCGGGGGUUGGGGGUCCUUGGGAGUCCCACUGUGGGAGGAAGAUGGGGGGCUUGAUGAGAAGAAGGCUCUCUCAUGGUUUCACCUGUAG